AUGGAGGAAGAAACACACAGAAUCCAGCUGAUGUCUGCAGACGAGAAUCUGGAGCACCGCAUUCAGAUUGUGACAGACCAGCAGCUGGGUCAGAAGGUGCAGAUAGUGACAGCGUAUGACCAAGUGGCACCCGGUAGACCCCAGUUCAUUCUGGCUAAUGUGGACUACUCCAAUCAGGACAAACUGCUACUCAAACAGGAACCUGCACAGGGCAAAGUUAUCCUCGCCUCCUCCGAUGGAUCCACUGUCAACCAGCUGCUCUUCGCAUCACCCGAAUUAACAGGUCAACAGAUCCAGUUUGUGACGGAGGGUACGGAGCAGGUGUGUGCCAAGCCUGUGGUGGAAUACUGUGUGGUGUGUGGAGAUAAAGCCUCAGGUCGUCAUUACGGAGCUGUGAGCUGUGAGGGCUGUAAGGGCUUUUUUAAACGGAGCAUCAGGAAGAACCUGGUGUACACCUGUCGUGGCUCCGGAGAGUGUGUCAUAAACAAGCACCAUAGAAACCGUUGCCAGUACUGCAGGCUGCAGCGCUGCAUCUCCUUUGGCAUGAAGCAGGACUCUGUACAGUGUGAGCGGAAACCUGUUGAGGUGUCUCGGGAGAAGCCGGCCAACUGCGCCGCCUCCACAGAGAAGAUCUACAUCCGCAAGAACCUCUGCAGUCCACUGGCCGCCAUGCCGACCUUUAUCACUGAGAAAGAGACCACCCGAUCCACAAAUCUGUUAGACUCCAGCAUGCUUCUGAAUAUCCAGCAGUCUCUUUCCAAACUGGACAAUACUGUUCUCAUCCCCUCCUCACCAGAACAGAAUGAGGCCUGCCAGGGUGAUUUGAGUACCCUGGCUAACGUGGUGACGUCACUUGCUCACAUCAGCAAAAACCGAGAAAUGAUUGACAGCGGCACCGACCAAUCAGGAAUGGAAACCAUGAGCAGCGAAGACAGCACCAUGACUGAUGUCCAGCCGAACGUCCAGAACUCUUCUGACAUCACACAGGCGUUCGACACGUUGGCAAAGGUUCUACAGCCAGGGACGGGUAGUGCUAAUGAUGCCACAGAUGUGGGUGUGGCUCUGGGCUCAGAGGAAGCCAGCUCCACGCUGCUGGAGCUGGAGGGACCUCUACUCUCUGACCUACAUGUGCCUUUUAAGUUGGUGAUGCCCUUACCCAUGCCAGAGUUUCUUAACCUGAACUACAUCUGUGAAUCAGCCUCUCGUCUUCUCUUCCUCUCCAUGCACUGGGCUCGGUCCAUCCCAGCAUUCCAGGCCCUGGGGUCAGAGAAUGGGAUUAAUCUGAUGAAAGCAUGUUGGAAUGAGUUGUUUGCACUUGGCUUGGCACAAUGUUCAAACGUGAUGAAUGUGGGAACCAUCCUCACUGCCAUCAUUAGCCACCUGCAGGGCAGCCUGGAUGAAGAUAAACUCUCUCCGGACCGGGUGAAGCAGGUGAUGGAGCACAUCUGGCGGAUGCAGGAGUUCUGCAACAGCAUGACCCGCGUGAACCCAGAUGCUUAUGAGUAUGCCUACCUCAAAGCUGCCGUCCUCUUCAGCCCAGAUCACACUGGAGUGGACAACACGGCUCAGAUUGAACGUUUCCAAGCGAAGGCCUACAUGGAGCUACAGGAUUACGUCGGUAAAAUGUACCCAGAGGACACCUACCGAUUAUCUAAACUGCUGCUGCGCCUGCCGGCGUUACGUCUGAUGAGCGCGGCUGUGACUGAGGAGCUGUUUUUCGCCGGCCUGAUAGGGAAUGUUCAGAUUGACAGCAUCAUUCCGUACAUCCUCAAAAUGGAAUCGACCGACUACAACAGCCAACCGCUCAGUUCCGUCGAGUGACCUCAGCUCCACCGUUAAACACAUCCACUCUGCGUCAGGACUGUGCUGGCCUGGAAUUGGGACUGUUUUUACCUCUGAACACUCAACAGAGGAUGCAGGACAGGAACAAAAGAUGGUUUAAAAAUUGCCGUUUGGCAUCUUUGGGACUGUGAUUGGGCAGUUUGAUCAUGGUCAGUGGAUCCUCCCCUGCUACAUUUCAGAGACAACA